AUGGCACGAAAAGGAAAUCCAAUUUCGGUAAGACUUGAUCUGAAUCGUAGUUCAGAUCCAAGUCGGUUCAGUGAUUAUUAUUAUGGUAAAUCAUUGUAUCAAGAUGUCAAUCUUAGAUCUUAUUUUAGUUCGAUACGUCCACCUACGAAACUCGCCCUUGGCUUUCGUCUCGGUAGGUGUAUUAUUCUACAUUUUCCCAAAAGGACAUUCAUUCAUUUCUUUCUUCCCGGGCGAUCACCACGACUAAAACGAAAAAAAUCAAGACCCGUACUACAGGAAAAGGGCUGGUGGCCGACAUUUGGGAAAGUCGGGCCGAUCGGGUGUCUUCAUUCAAGCGAGGGUACAGAGGAAGAACGAAACGAAGUGAGAGGCCGGGGGGCAGGGAAAAGAGUCGAGUCGAUCGACCGGGAGAAGCAAAACGAAAUCCGGAUUUGGCCGAAAAAGAUGCAACGUUAUGGAUACCAUGACCGAUCACCAUCGAGAAAGAAGAAUUUUGAUAAAUCACUUCGGGUGAGCGGGGCCUUCAAGCGGCCUCAAUACGCCGGGGUUGUAAAUGACAUACCUUUCCUUAUGGGUGACGGCCCGACGAGUCAUCUACUAAAAAGGACCCUCCCCGCUGUGCGCCCCUCCUUGAAUUAUUCGGUCAUGCAAUACUUUUUUAAUACUAAGAAUAAAAUGCAUUUCGACCCCGUCCUAGUUCUCAAUCAUUUCGUGGCACCGGGUGUGGCUGAACCAUCUACGAUGGGGGGAGCGAAGGGAGGAAGCUUAGAUAAGAGAAUACGCUCUCGCAUCGCUUUUUUUUUAGAAAGCUCUACCAGCGAGAAAAAGUGUUUGGCCCGAGCCAAAAAGAGGUUGAUCCACUUCAUUCGCCAAGCGAAUGAUCUUCGCUUCGCGGGAACAACAAAAACCACCAUAUCGCUCUUUCCUUUCUUCGGUGCUACCUUCUUUUUUCCAAGGGAUGGGGUUGGGGUGUAUAAUAACCCUUUUUUUGAGUAUGCCCGGAAACAACUCCUAGCUCAAUUUAGGAUCAAAUGUAGGAACCUCAUGGGUAAGGAUAAGGUAAUGGAAUUGAUAGAGAAAUUCAUAGACCUAGGUAGGAUAGGAAAAUUGAUAAAGGGAAUAGAGAUGAUGAUAGAGAUCAUACUGAGAAAGAGGAUAAUUCCGUACGGGUACAACUCUUAUUUGAACGAAGUGCAAAAAAUGCGAUCUUUUUUGUCUAAUAGAACAAACACUAAUACCUUAAUUGAGUCGGUAAAGAUCAAAUCUGUUUAUCAAAGUGCUUCUCUGAUUGCUCAAGACAUCUCUUUUCAACUGAGGAACAAUCCAAUCUCAUUUCGUUCCAUUUUUAGUAAAAUAGUGAAGGAUAUUCCAUUAAUAAUGCCAAAAGGGGUGGAGGGGAUACGUAUUUGUUGUUCUGGUCGAUUAGGGGGUGCGGAAAUAGCUAGAACUGAAUGCGGAAAGUAUGGAAAAACAUCUUGUAAUGUAUUUAACCAGAAAAUCGAUUAUGCUCCUGCGGAAGUAUCUACUCGUAACGGAAUUUCAGGUGUCAAAGUGCGGAUCUCAUAUAGUCAAAAUAAGAAGGGACGUGCUAUAUCCGAAACGUACGAAAUAUAG